ACGUCAGCGCCCCACGUCAGCACCUUGCGGAAAUACCGCUGCGCGAGAGCAGGUCGAUCGGAACCAGUACUCGAGAUGUUUUCAUCUUAGAAAAGAGAGUUUCAAAUCCAAAUUAACGCUCUGUUAUCUAGUUACGCCACUAGCUGAGUUAGUGCACUUAUUCUCCCAUCCGGUGCCGGUUCCGGUUAACAGGCGCAACAGAAAUAGAGGGACAAAAUGUCCCUGUUCCAGUCAGCGCUCGAUUUCCUGGCCGGGCCCGGCGGAUCCGCCGCCGCCAGCCGGGAUCAGAACGACUUCGUCGGGCAGGUGGUGGAGCUCGGAGAGCUGAAGCUCCGGAUCAAACGAGUCAUCGCGGAAGGUGGCUUUGCGUUUGUGUAUGAAGCCCAGGAUUUGGGGAGCAGCAAGGACUUUGCGCUCAAGAGACUUCUCUCCAAUGAAGAGGAGAAGAACAAAGCCAUCAUUCAGGAAGUCUGCUUCAUGAAAAAGCUGUCUGGUCACCCCAAUAUUGUGCAGUUCUGCUCCGCUGCGUCCAUCAGUAAAGAAGAGUCGGACACGGGCCAGGCUGAGUUCCUCAUCCUCACAGAGCUGUGUAGAGGCCAGCUGGUUGAUUUUGUGAAGAAGGUGGAACAGAAAGGACCCAUGUCAUGUGACACAGUGCUGAAGAUCUUUUACCAGUCAUGUCGUGCUGUGCAGCACAUGCACAAACAGUCUCCACCAGUCAUACACCGCGACCUGAAGAUUGAGAAUUUAUUGAUCAGUCAUCAGGGCACUAUAAAGCUGUGUGACUUUGGCAGCGCCACCAUCGUGGCACAUUACCCAGACUACAGCUGGUCUGCUCACAAGAGAUCUAUGGUGGAAGACGAGAUUACUAGAAACACGACUCCAGCAUACAGGACACCAGAGAUGAUUGACCUCUAUUCCAACUACCCAAUAAAUGAGAAACAAGACAUAUGGGCUCUGGGCUGCAUCCUGUACCUGCUCUGUUUUAAGCAGCACCCAUUUGAAGAGGGAGCCAAACUCCAGAUAGUAAAUGGCAAAUACAACAUUCCUCAGAAUGACACCAAGUACACAGUCUUUCACCAACUCAUCCGAUCAAUGUUGAAGAUCAACCCAGAUGAGCGACUGUCAAUCAACGAGCUUGUCAGCCAACUGCAGGAGAUCGCUGCAGCCAGAAAUGUCAACCCAAAAUCACCCAUUACUGAGCUCCUGGAGCAGAACGGAGGGUUUGGGAACAACAGCGCGCAGCUUCCCUCACAGAUCAACAACAUACACAAUGCUGGUGUGUACGAGACAGACCCGGCCAUGGGUGGAGGCUUCCUGGAUAUUCUUAAAGGAGGAACCGAAAGAUUCCUCACCAACAUCAAAGACACUUCCUCCAAAGUCAUCCAGUCGGUGGCCAGUUAUGCUAAAGGAGACCUGGACCUGUCCUACAUCACCACCAGAGUAGCAGUCAUGUCUUUCCCAGCUGAAGGUGUUGAAUCUGCCAUUAAGAAUAACAUUGAGGAUGUGCGUCUGUUCCUGGAUUCUCGACACGCGGGUCAUUAUGCAGUGUACAACCUCUCCAAACGCUCCUACAGACCGGCCAGGUUUCACAACAGGGUAUCAGAGUGUGGCUGGCAACCUAGACGAGCUCCUACACUGAAGAACUUGUACAGUAUAUGUAAAAACAUGCACCAGUGGCUCAAACAGGACCAGAGGAACAUCUGCAUCGUACAUUGUCUGGAUGGACGGGCAGCGUCGGCUGUGGUGGUUUGUGCGUUCCUCUGUUUCUGUCGUCUGUUCUCUACAGCUGAGGCUGCAGUUUACAUGUUCAGUAUGAAGCGAUGCCCACCGGGCAUCUCGCCCUCACACAAACGGUAUAUUGAGUACAUGUGUGAUAUGAUGGCAGAUGAGCCCAUAAUUCCCCACAGCAAGCCUAUAACCAUCCGCUCCGUCGCCAUGACUCCCGUGCCACUCUUUAAUAAGCAGAGAAACGGCUGUCGGCCGUUCUGUGAGGUUUACGUCGGUGACGAGCGCGUCGCAACCACUUCACAGGAAUAUGACAGAAUGAAGGAUUUUAAGAUGGAGGACGGGCGAGGGGAGAUUCCUCUGAAUAUAACUGUGCAGGGAGACGUGCUCAUAGUGAUUUAUCAUGCACGCUCUACGCUGGGCGGACGUCUGCAGGCCAAAAUGGCUUCCAUGAAGAUGUUCCAGAUUCAGUUCCAUUCUGGGUUUGUGCCCAGAAAUGCCUCCACCGUCAAAUUUGCAAAGUAUGAUCUCGAUGCUUGCGACAUCCAGGAGAAAUACCCCGACCUCUUCCAGGUGCAUGUAAAUGUGGAGGUGGAGCCUCAGGAUCGCCCUAGCAACAAGACUCCGCCUUGGGAAAACUUUGCCACAAAAGGACUCAAUCCCAAAAUCCUCUUCUCCAGCCGAGAUGAACAGCAAGAGAUCCUGACAAAAUUUGGUAAACCAGAGCUUCCACGUCAGCCUGGUUCCACAGCCUGUUACACCUCUGAACCGGCCCAGCCAGAGCUUUCGCCUGAAGGGCCACAGACCGACCCAGAUUCCCUUUCUCCUCAAAGCACCGACACCAACGCCAACAACUUCUUCCAGACGCUCGACUGGGAAGAUGGCAGUCGGCAGUUCGAUCGUUCUGACAGCCAAUUGGAGGACCAGGAUGAUUUGAGUGGCGGCUCGGAGGAGGAAUCAGUGUCUUACUCCGCCCCCGUUGAUGGGACUCUGUCACGUGACACUAGUGAACCGCUCUUCGAGGCAGACUUCACAACCACACCACCUGACCCUCAGCUUGACACUGAGGACCUGCUCGGCCUGAACUCUGACCCCUGUCCUCCAGCCCCCAACACUCAGCCGGGCAUUGCUAAUGAGACGGGUUUGAAAAAUUCUGCCAGUAACAGCGAUUUACUGAACGACCUGUUUGCCCCUUCACCCAGUGCUGUGCCUUCAGCUAAUGCAGAGGACCUGAUGGGAGAAAGUGCAGGAGAAGAUAUCUUCUUCUCCAACACAUCCAGCCAACCGGCACCAACCGCUAAUAAAGACUUCUUUGACCCCUUCGGUGUGGCGUCAGCCUCUUCAGGCUCCGAUCUGUUCAGUGACCUCCUGGGGUCAGACAGUGCGAAUAGCGGCUUCAAAGCUCCAGCUCCUGCAUCCAACUCCAGCCUCUUCAACCUCAAUAAGUUAGCAAGCGAUACUCCGAAGAUGACCUCGUCGGCGAGUCAGCCUGAUCUGUUAGGUGGCUGGGAAAACUGGAGCGCAGGAGGAACCAGCACGACUACUAACAUGACCACUGCUGCCAGCAAACCCACGAUGAAUGCCUCAGGAGUCUCCUCUUUCUCCAAGGCCAAAUCUCAAAGCUUUGACCCCUUCGCAGAUCUGGGCAACCUGGCCUCAACACUACCUGGUUCGUCCAGUGCUUGUUUUAAAACGGCGCCCUCUGCAGGAAUCCCUAAGAACUCAGGUCAGCAGUGGCAGCAGACUCCUCGGCCCUCCUCUGGCCCCAGCAAACCCUGGAUGCCUCUAAACUCAGCUCCUAGACCGCAAGCCCAGCCCUCCAAACCUGCUGCCCAACCACUUAAACCAAACUACAACCCUAGUUUCAGUGUGAUCGGUGGACGAGAAGAGAGGGGGAUCCGUGGGCCAGGCUUUGGCCCAAAGCCCAAAGUGAAACGAGAUGACUUUGAGGAUCUAUUAUCAACUCAGGGUUUUGGCUCCAAAUCAGACAGGAAGAUGCCCAGAACUAUUGCUGAGAUGAGGAAGCAGGAGCUGUCUAAAGACAUGGACCCUCUCAAACUUCAGAUCUUGGAUUGGAUCGAGGGGAAGGAGAGGAACAUCAGAGCGCUGCUCUCCACGCUGCACACGGUCCUGUGGGAGGGAGAGACCCGCUGGAAACCCAUCAACAUGGCAGAUCUGGUCACACCUGAUCAGGUGAAGAAGGUCUACAGGAAGGCUGUGCUUGUUGUGCACCCAGACAAGGCUACAGGUCAGCCGUACGAGCAGUACGCUAAAAUGAUCUUCAUGGAGCUGAGCGAUGCCUGGUCCGAGUUUGAGAACCAAGGAGCCAAAGCCUUGUUCUGAGCGUGUUCAGUGAGCGUCUGCCAGGAGCCUGAGGCACAGUGCUCGCUCGCUCUCUCCAUACACACAGACACACGGCUCUGAGAGAGUCUGACAGUGAGACAGACCAAUCAGAGAAGGAAAACAGACCUCUUUCUGCUUGAGGAACAGUCUAACCUUUUCCUGAACUCUGGAGUGAAACCUGUGGCGCUGGAUCUCUCCUUCUUCAAAAGGGGAACAUGCUAGCAUCCUUUUGGCAUUUGUAGAUGAUUAAAAACCAUGCGCCACACACACCCAACACCUGAGACUACAGUCUGUGUCUUGCACUUCAAAAGAGCUCCAAAACAGAUGGUUUCUGGGAUGAAGACGAAAUGAUUAUCGCUGACCUUUUUCAUGUCAUUCUAUGCAUCACACUAUUGUUUUCACUUUUUGUUUUUCAAUCAGUGUGGCUUGUCACUUACUGAUGUAAAUAAUCACUCGACUCGUGUGUGUGUGUGUGUGUGUGUGUGUGUGUGUUUGAGGGGUGGAUCAUGUUUAUAUGAAGCUAAAGCAGAGGGUUUUGACUUCUGUGCUCCACAAUGUGAAGGCUUCUGAUCACUUUCACUUCAGUUUUGUCAUGUUUUCACUGAUCUCUAGUGUUAAUUCUCUCCAGGCACCUCGUGGGAAGGUGUGUUUGUGUAUUUGUGGGUUCAGGGCUCAAUUUCUGCAGUCCAAAGGGUAUUUCAGUGACCGAAAACAAACUUAACAUCAACAAAAAGUGUGAGCUUUCCAUAUAUAUAUAUAAUUUUUUUUUUUUUUUUUUAUCUCAAGGACCAAUCAGAAAUGUCUGUCUUAUUUAUUGUUCUGAAAGCUGUACAUGGCUAAUUGAUGGAUAUAAAAAGGACUAAAAUAACAAAUUUAUUGUAAACGAUGGAACAAACAUGCUAAGCAUUUUGCAAAACUAAAUCAUUCCAAAGCAUCUACUAAUAUGAAUGUGCUUUUUAAGAUUAUUGCUGGAAUGUAACUUUUUUUUUUUUUUGUAUCAUUAUCCUAUUUUCCAUAAUAUUUUAUUUUUUGUUUCCAUAAUCUCUUAAUAAUGACACUAGAAAGUUUGCACCAAUCCCUCGGGACAUCAGGCCAAAUUCAGUGUCCAAUUGAAAAAAAAAAAAGUCUGAUAAAACUUUAUAGACAAUGAAGUGAGGGCGGAAAUUAGUGCUGUUUUUAUAUAUAGACCUAUAGUUUGAAAUAUUCCAUCUUAAAAAAAAUGUAAAAUCAAGGACUGUAAGAAAAUGUUGAUUCGUAAAGACUUGGCGAGUCAAGUUCUGUAACCUGCUGUAUUAUCUGCCAUUAUUCAUGUAUGACGCUUGGAGGCGAUACAGUCUGACUAAACAAACCAAAAAAACAGAUCCUUCAUUUGUUACCGGUUUCUGCUGUUAAAGGGACUGAGGGGCUGGUUCAAAUUGUUGGUUCAGUGUUUUGAGUGAUUUUGGAAAUGUUUUGGUUUAUUCACUCUCCACCAAAGUCAUAAAUGAUCAUAAAUGUUUCAAACUGGAAUGUGGCAUUUGUGUUCAAAAUCUUUAUUGGUUGCAUAAUUAGCGAAUAGGUUGAAUGGGCUCUGAUUGAAAAUAAUGACUUAAUUUAGUCUAUAAAUAAAUGUCCUUAUUCUGUGAAUAUAUCCUUAUCUUCCCCAAGAAAUGAACAAUGCUGCUGCAUUUUGGUGGAGCGUGAAUAUCUUUUAAUAAGACACAUUUUCACUCUUUUUGCCCACUCAGCUUUCCUUUGGAUGUCAAACUAGUGUUUCUCACCAGCUGUCUCCUGCAGUGGAGAACAAAAUCAUAACACCACUGUCUUAAAGAUAUUUUUGUCAGAUUUUCUUUUGUCAGAUUUUGACCAAUAAACCAUAAUCAUGGUUUUGGUUUA